AUGAACACGGCCCUGGCGGUCCUGGCGGUCCCGGCGGCCCUGGUCCUCACGGCGGUCCCCACGGCGGUCCUGGCGGUCCUGGAGGUCCUGGUGGCCCUGGUGGCCCCGGUGGCCCUCACGGCGGCCCUGGUGGUCCCCCCGGCGGUCCCGGCGGCCCUGGCCCUCAACACGGCGGCCCCGGCGGUCCUGGUGGCCCUCACGGCGGCCCUCACGGUGGUCCCCACGGUGGUCCCCACGGCGGUCCUGGGGGCCCUGGCGGCCCCGGUGGUCCCGGCCGCUGGUAGAGUCCUGACUCCUGACGGACUACGCUUAGUUCCGCGGAUGAAUAUAACCUGCAUGCGAAACCAUGGGACGAAGCAAAAGUGA